UUGGGUGGUCAAUCAUCCUCUCGUCCACUUGGUGAUGCUAUUUUGGAUGGUAUAGACUUUGAUAUCGAACUUGGAUCGAACCUGUAUUGGGAUGAUCUCGCCCGGGCACUCUCGGGAUACAGCACUCCAGCGAGAAAGGUGUACCUAUCUGCAGCACCACAAUGUCCCAUUCCUGACAAUUAUCUUGACACUGCUAUCAAAACUGGCCUCUUUGACUACGUGUGGGUGCAAUUUUACAACAAUCCUCGUUGUCAGUAUACAUCAGGCGAUCCCAGUAAACUCUUUGCCAGUUGGGAUCAAUGGGCUUCAUGUACAGGCGUUAAUACAUUAUUCCUGGGAUUAGCUGCAGCCCCCGAGGCCGCACCUAGUGGCGGUUACAUCCCACCUGACGGGCUAAUUAGUCAGAUUCUUCCCGUUGUGCAGAGCUAUCCCAACUAUGGAGGGGUCAUGCUUUGGAGCAGAUUCUAUGACCAAAACUACAGUCCAGCAAUCAGGCCUUAUGUUAACGGCGAUCCUCUGACUUAUACAACCAAGUCCGCUGAAAAAUCCCAUGCUGUCGCAUGAGUUCCUCUCAUUAUCUACUGAGAGAUGAAAUGUAGUCCUGGCUGCUUACGCCAGAGAUCAAUCUACUAAUGUGGCUAUGA